UCAUCACUGCAAAUAUUCAUAAUUACAUAUAUUAUAGUACUCUUGCUUUACACAACUUUUUGCUUUCUCUGUGUUUCUUUAAAUCAUAUAGUUAACCAUGUUGAACGGUGUGAAAAGCGUGGUUUCCAAAGUAGUACAGGAUACUAAUGUUAAUGUAGUGGUGCAGCAAAUCGAGAUCACAGCUGAUCAGAUCACCAGUGUCUUCACCAUGUCUGACAAGAAAAUUAACGACCUUAUCUAUGCCACUCAUGUCCAUGCUGAUGAAUCUUUCGACGAGGACUCUCUUUUCGUCAUCGUCGAAAAUGUUCUCAAGGGUUCAAGCCAAAUCAUUGACAAGAUUGUUCAAGGAAUUCAUGUUCAUGAUGUGGACAAUGUUGAGAACAAGUUCAGCUUAGCCAACCUCAAUGUUCCCCUUUGCACGCUCAAGGGUAUCAACAACGAGCUUUCAUGCAAGGCUCCUAAUGAGGUAACUGCCCACGAAACAACACUAGCCAUUCUCAAUAAGCUGUCAAAUUAUUCAUGGGAAGCGAAAGCUGUUUUGGCUCUUGCAGCUUUCGCCUUUGAGUUUGGUGACUUUUGGCUCAUCGCUCAGCUUUACAAUUCUGACUCAUUGGCCAAACAAUUGGGAGUACUCAAAAGAGUGCCAUCCCUUAUCAAGACUUCUGAGCUCGUGAAACGUCGACAGGCAGUUCUCGAGCUCAGUAGUCUCGUGAAUGUCACAAUGCGAGUCAUUGCGAUGUUUGAUGAGUUUGAGAAAUUGUCUGCUUAUGAUGUCAAAGACAUUCCUGGAUUGUCUGUUGCCUUAGAUCAUUUGCCUGUCGAUGUCUAUUGGGCAAUUCUAACUAUUGCUGCAUGUGCUACUAAGCAUUGUAUUCUCAUCAGUGACAAGCCAGACAGAACUUUCGAUUUGUCCCCUUAUGCUCAAAAAAUCAGCUUCAUCCAAAACCAGCUUACUAUGCAUUUGAAUGUAUGCAGAAGACAAUUGGAGGAGGCCGAGACUUACAGGAGGCUUUGGAAGCUGUUCCGUACACCAACUGAAAUCAUGGAGAUUUUCAAAGCCUUGAUCUUUUUCAAGGAUACUCCAAGGCCACUCAUUGAUGGUUCCACAAACCGACUGGUGAACAUUGAUGUGCUGAGGAGGAAAAACGUAUUCAUGUUCUUUUCUGGUGUAGAGAUCACAGAAGAAGAUAUUUCCAUCCUUAAACCGGUUUAUGAAGAAACAAAGAAAGAAAAAAGCUACACAAUAGUGUGGGUUCCCAUUGUAGAGAAGUGGAGUGAUGAGAUAAAGAAAAAAUAUGAGACUUUGAAGAGCAAAAUGCCAUGGUACUGUUUGCAUCAAUUUGGUCCGAUUGCAGGGAUUAGAUUCAUCAAGGAACAAUGGCAAUACCAGGGUAAGCCUAUGUUGGUUUUGACUACUCCUCAAGGGAAGGUGGAGAACCUUAAUGCACUUCAUCUCAUUCGUGUUUGGGGAAUCAAGGCCUUUCCUUUUGACAAGAAAUCUGAAGAAAUCAUCUCCAAAGAAAUUCACUGGAUUGGUUCACUUGUCAAAAGAAUUGACCCAAUUAUAGAGACUUGGGUGAAAGAGGAGAAAUACAUCUUCUUCUACGGAGGAAAAGACAAAGAUUUGAUCGAAACAUUCACCAAGAAAGUGACUGCACUUGCGAGCAAUCCCUUCAUCAAGGAAGCAAAGAUCAACAUUAAAUUCUUUUGCGUGGGAAAGACAACCAAAGGAGAAGAAGACCAUGGAAAUAUUCUAGGGCGAUUCUGGGGUGGAAUAGAGAGCUUGUUCUUCACCAAGGAUCACAACAAAGAUGUUGACCCGGUGACUCAAGAGAUCCAAAAGCUUCUUUCUUACAAGAACGAGAGUGCUUGGGCUAUUCUUAGCAAAGGGUCUGCAGUGGUGACAUCUGGGCAUGGCUCGACCAUUCUAAAGGUUGUUGAGGAGUUUGAACAGUGGAAGGAAGUGAUUAAAGUGAAGGGAUUCGAGGUUGGUUUCAAAGAGGUUCACACUAAGGUCACUCAAACUAUUCGCCACUGUAUUCGUCUUGAUGUGCCUACUGUUGCUGGAAAAGCCCCAGAUUGUAUGAAAUGCCCAGAAUGCCUUCGGGCCAUGGAGACUUACAUUAGCUACAAGUGUUGCCACGUUGAUCCUACAACCCAGCUCCUUCCCUCAUCUCUUAAAUAAAUAUAUACCUUUAAUUUAUUUCCUGUUUUACCUAAAUAAAAUUUGUGUGAGAGUGAGUGAGUGAGUGUGUCUUUGUUUUUCUCCUAUUAUUAAUUAUAUUUAUAAUAAUUGCAUGCUUUGUUUAAUUAUUUCAUGCAUAAUGUAAUAAUAAAGCUAUCUUCUUUAUUUUGAGAAA